AUGAGCAACAACCUUACCCAGUCCACAAGUGGCAUUCUGUCCAUGGUAAUGACCUGCCACAAUGCAGCUGAGCUUGCCAAGUGGAUGGUUAAGGAACUGGAGUGGAAGAAGUGGAAGGAGAGUGACCUCAAGAAGAAGAGCCUUGGUGAACUUCAAAACAUGUGCAUGAAUUACUUUGCAAGUGUGGCAGAGGUGGAGAAGAACAAGGCAAAACUGACUGAAUUGACCAUACCUGAGACUCAAGAGCAAGAAGCCGAAAAAAAUAGCACCACUGGAGCCAGCUCCACCACAGAGAUGUCACAAGAUUUGCUUGGAGCACCUGAGCCUAAACAAGACCUGCCAGUGAGGAGCAAGUAA